AUGGGAGAUACUGGGAUUAAUGAUAUCGUAGGGGAAAGUGCAAAAGACAACACCAAAGCGGGGAGUUGGAGUCCAACAGCGGAUAUUGUGGAUACACCAGCUUUUUCUAACAGUGCGUACCAAGCAGGGGAGCAGUCUGGAGACGACCGGCCCCGUUUCAACCAUCACAUUCUCGUGUCGGAUGCGAUGGCCAAAAACUCAAGACAAUUGCUGUACGCGCAUAUCUACAACUACCUGAUUCAACACAAGUACUACCGAACGGCGCGACGGCUGCUAGAUGAAGCAGACGUGCCACUUUCCAAGCCGAUCCCUGACGACAAAGCCAAAAGCGAUGAGCUCCUGCACGCUAAGAUGCUAAUGAACUCUAAGGACACGUUUCUGUGCGAGUGGUGGGAGUCUCUGUGGACAUUGCACUAUUUCAUUGAAACCCAGUCUGUCGAGAAAAUAUCCAGCAAUCGUCUUUUCCACGAUCCCGUCACGCCGAUUCUGCCGCAGCGACCACCGAUGGUACAAAGCUCAACGACUUCGAAUCCGAACUGGACUCAGCAGCAGCCAUACCAGUAUCAGCAGCGGCAGCAACAGUACCAACCACAACAACCGCAUUUUGGGGCUACCGACGCUGCGGCCUUCGCGCCCCUGGGCCCGUUGCAGCCAUCGAUGGCGCCCCCCAGAGUUAAUGAUUUAAAGGCCAACAAAACGACUGCUUCACCAUCGUCACCAUUAAGGAAAUCUGCGUCGGCAUAUUCUCAUGUACAAGCCGCCCCAGGCGGCAUGCCCACAGCAAUGGGGCCGUCUGGACUUUCCGUGCCAUCUCAUCAGUUUGGUGUGCCAAAUGCGCAAGGCCCACUGGGUCCAAACCCAAUGUAUUCGAAUUUCUCACCGGUAGUGAGAGCAUACUCCGGUGCUUCGAGUGAGCAAGCGCUAAACACGACAAAAAAUGGGAUUGAGACAUCUAUCAAAGAAUAUCAACACCCCGGUAUGGCUCCACCGCCCAUGAAUAAUGCACCGGGCAUUCCUGAUAAUAUGAUGAUAUACAUGCAGAAACAGCACGAUGCGAUGGGCGUCAGGAAACAUCCAGAGGACGAUUUUUCGAAAAAUGAUACGCAGUGGAACUUAAAGCAACAACAGCUACAUGAUCAGUAUCAAAAGUCCAUGUAUAUUAUGAUGCAGCAGCAGCAACAGCAAAGCUACCAGCAGUAUCCGCCGUACCCGCAGCAACGUCCACCACCACAACAACAACACCAACAAAAUUAUCCUACGCAAAGACCUCAGCGAUAUAGGUCAUUUUCGAAUCCACCAAUACCGGAUGAACACUCUGCUAUGAUCUCAAACAACCAAAGUAGGAUUUCUAAUACACAACAGGCCCGCGACGCUGCAACAGCGGAGCUGCCGAACCGACGAGAUAUCCAGCAGUUGCACCGUCAAGGUAUGGGGCCCAGCCAGAGGGAAACACAACCGCAGCAUAAUCGUCCCUCGGCUCAAAGACAUGUCUCUGCCACGCAGAUCAAUGCUUCUGGCUACCAAAAUCCUGCUGAUCUAACGCCUGACCCAGGCUCGGCACCACUACCGCUGGGCGGUCAUACGCUGGAUUCGGCAACUCACAUGAACAUGAUGAUGAUGCACCAGUCGCCAAGCGCACUUUCGCCGGUUAUUGCGUCGGGACAAGAGCUACCGCAGGGUGAUAAGUAUAUUGAGAGCGUAACAAACAUGAUGAAUUUUGGCAAUCCGUUGCAACCGUCUUCGUCGCAUCAAAAUUAA